GUCAGUCAGUAUACGUGGCCCGAACUAAAUUGUGGGUCUUGUUUAUAUUUUUAUUGUGAUAAUUUAUUAAAAUACAACUUAAUAAGCAUUCAGUGCCAUUAGUCAGUAUGAUGAAUCCACAAUAUUCUCCGCCUGGGCAAAACAACAAUGCACCAAGUAAUCCCUUGGGGUUCCCUCCAUCAUCACAAGAAUACAAUGGGGUUCCAAAUGCCAAUAUAUAUAGUCAAAUGCCACCAAGUGGACCCAUGGGAAAACCUCUAGAAAAUGAUAUGAACCAGAAAAUGCAGAAUAUGACAUUAAAUGGUCCUCCAGGCUUCCAAAGUAUUCCAUCAUCUCAACUUCCACCUGGCCAGUUUCCUCCAACUUCAAAUUUUAAUGCGCAAGUUCCACCGGGUUUUAAACAAAUGCAACCUGGUAGACCUUCAAUUGGUGAUGCUCCUCAGCAAUUUCACCCUACAAAUAGCCAAAUGCCACCAUUAUCUGCAUCUGGACCUCAAGGACCUGGCUUAGAUAACUCAACACAUAGUUCAAAACCAUCACCUUCACCAGGUUUUGUAAAUCAACCUGACAUAGCUAAUAAAUCAGAGCAUGUGUCGAGAAUGCCACAGAUUCCUGGUCAAAACCAAUCUAAUCAAGGUGGAAUGCAACAGCAAGGACCUGGACAAUUAAGUCGUGAAUCUACACCUGGUCUAAAUCAAAAUCAGUUUUCACAGGCAAGUGCUAUGUUUGGGCCACCAUCUGCUUCUAAACAAGCAGCUCAGUUGGGACAGCAGAGCCAAGCAAAUUCUAUGCCUUCAUCAGAACAGCAAGGCCUACAUUCAGGAAACUACACUCAAGCAUUACCCCCACAUUCUCAGCCUAGUAUGCAACCUGCAAUGCAGAAAAGUGGCUUACCUCCACAAUUAAAUCAACCAAAUAUGCUUCAGCAAUCACCAUCUGUGCCAGCUCCUCAAUCAGGAGAAGUAUCUCAACCAGGAUUGAAUAGGCCUCCAGGAAUGCUACCACAAACGGGAAUGCCUCCUCAGCAACAGUCACUUCAUCAAGGCAUGCCAUCCCAACAAACGGGAAUGAAACCGGGAAUGCCACAACAGCUGGCAAUGUCUCAACAACAAGGAAUGUUUCCUCAGUCAGGGAUGGCUUCACAGCAAGGAAUGCCUCAACAACUGAUACAACAGCCUGUUAUGAAUGCGCCUCAAGCCAACAUGCCACCCAAGGCAAAUCAAUCAGGUCUGCCCCCUAUACCAGGGUUGCAUCCUCAACGAGCAACACCAUCUCAACAAGGAAUGCCGCCACAACCAGGAAUGCCACUGCAACAACGAAUGGCACAGCAACCAGGAAUGCCCUCGCAACCAGGAAUGCCCCCUCAACCAGUACUGCAUCAGCAGACUAGAAUGCCCCCACAACCAGGAAUGCCUCCUCAACCGGGGUUACCACCGCAACCAGGAAUGCCUCGUCAACAAGGGAUGCCUUCUCAACCAGGGAUGCAGCCACAACAAGGAAUGCCUCCUCAACCAGGGAUGCCGCCACAACCAGGAAUGCCUCCUCAACCAGGAAUGCCUCCUCAACCAGGGAUGCCUCCUCAACUAGGGAUGCCGCCACAACCAGGAAUGCCUCCUCAACCAGGGAUGCCGCCACAACCAGGAAUGCCUCCUCAACCAGGGAUGCAUCAGCAGCCUGGAUUGCAUCAACAACCAGGGAUGCCUCCAUCAUCACAAUACAAUCAAUACAGUCCGUCUCUACCCGGCAUGCCACACAUGCCGCCGCCGCUGUCCCAACAACCACAGUAUCCUGCACAGAAUCAAAGUGGUUAUAAUGGACCGCCUUCAAAUGCACAGUACCCAGGAGUGGCGGGCCAGCAGCAGGGCUACGCGCCCGGUUCGGGCUAUCCCCCCCCGUUCCCCGCGCAGCAGGCCGGCUACGGGCAGCAAUACCAACAGCCGCCACAGAAGAAACUUGACCCGGACCAGAUGCCGAGCCCGAUCCAAGUGAUGCUAGAUGACCAGCAGAACCGCGGCGGUGUGUUCGUCACCAACGACAAGGGGCUGGUACCGCCGCUCGUCACUACAGACUUCAUCGUUGACGACAGGGGAAAUGCUAGUCCAAGGUUCAUCAGGUCUUCGAUGUACAGUGUGCCGGUGACGGCUGAUCUACUGAAGCAGACCGCGAUUCCCUUCUGCUUGGUGAUAUCCCCAAUGGCGGAGACCGUAGGCAGCGAACAAGAGCCGCCGUUGAUAGACUUCGCGGCGCUAACCGGCUCGUCUGCGAUGGGCCCCGUUCGCUGCAGUCGCUGCAAGGCCUACAUCUGUCCCAAUAUGAAGUUCAUCGACUCAGGCAGACACUUCAAGUGCUCCUUCUGCAAGGCUACCACAGAAGUGCCAAUGGAGUACACGCAGUAUAUCAACACGAUGCAGCAGUAUGGCCGUACGCCAGCCGAGCUCGCGUUAGGCGCCUACGAGAUAGUGGCCACCAAGGAGUACUGCCGGAAUAACACGCUGCCGAACCCACCUGCCGUUGUGUUCGUGAUCGAUGUGUCCUACAACUCAGUGAAGAGCGGUUUGCUACACACCAUAUGUAACAACAUCAUGGAUAUCAUACAGUCAAUGCCGAAGGACGAAAAUACACAGAAAUGCAUGACCCGAGUUGGCUUCAUCACAUAUAGCUCCACCGUACACUUCUACAACAUUAAGGGCAGUUUAGGGCAGCCACAGAUGCUGUCGGUGGGUGACGUGGCUGACAUGUUCGUGCCGCUGGUUGAAGGGUUCCUGGUGGAUGCGGAAGGCAGCGCCGCCGUGCUGGAAGCGCUCCUGCAGCAGAUCCCGGCGCAGUUCGCCGACAAUAAGCAGACUGAGAUAGUGCUGCUACCCGCCGUGCAGGCAGGACUGGAGGCGUUGAAAGCCGCUGAGACGAGCGGACAGCUGCUCGUGUUCCACACGUCGUUGCCGACGUACAACGCGCCGGGGAAACUGAUCAACAGGGAAGACAGGAAACUGCUCGGCACUGACAAGGAGAAACAGAUAUUAAGUCCGCAGACGACGGCGUACAACGAGCUGGGUCAGAGCUGCUCGGCGGCCGGCGUGUGUGUUGAGUUGUUCAUUUGUAAUAACUCAUACGGCGACCUGGCCACCGUAGGCCAGCUGGCGAGACUCACCGGCGGACAGGUGCACAAGUACACGUACUUCACGGCUGAUACCGACGGCGAGCGUCUGUGCCGCGACGUUCAGCGCGUGGUGAGCCGGAACAACGCGCACGACGCGGUGAUGCGCGUGCGCACCUCCACCGGCGUGCGUGCCACCGACUUCUACGGACACUUCUUCAUGUCCAACACCACUGACGUCGAGCUAGCUGCUGUCGACGCAGACAAGGCGAUAGGUGUUGAAAUAAAGCACGACGACAAGUUGACGAGUGAGGACGGUGUGUACAUCCAGGUGGCGCUGCUGUACACGCACCGCUCGGGCCAGCGGCGCCUGCGCGUGCUCAACCUGGCGCUGGCCGUGGCGCACCAGCUGGCUGACGUGUACCGCUCCGCAGAGCUCGACGUGCUCGUCAACUUCCUCACCAAGCAAGCCGUGUGGGCCAGUCGCGAGACUCCGCCGCGUGCGAUCCGUGACGGGUUGACGGGGCGCUGUGCUCGCUCGCUGGCCGCGUACCGGCGCCACUGUGCCUCGCCGUCGUCCGUGGGCCAGCUGGUGCUGCCAGAGUCCAUGAAGCUGCUGCCGCUCUACACCAGCUGUCUGCUGCGAUCCGACGCCAUCGCUGGCGGGCCCGACCUGACGUGCGACGACCGGUCGUGCGCCCAGUACCGCGCGCUCACGGCCGACGUGGGUCUGUCCGUGGUGUACACGUACCCGCGCCUGCUGCCGCUCCACUCGCUGCCGCACGAGCAGCCCACGCCGCUGCGAGCGUCCAUCGACAAGAUGAACGAGCGCGGCGUCUACCUGCUGGAGAACGGCGUGCACAUGCUGGUGUGGGUGGGGUCCCAGGCGGCAGGUGACUGGGUGAGGGACGUGUUCGGAGUGGACGGACCUCACGCCCUCGACACGAGCGUGACGGAGCUGCCCGCGCGGGACAACGACACGAGCGAGGCCGUGCGGGACGUGCUGCGGGACGCAACACGCAGGCGACGCUCCGCCAUGAGGCUGACGGUGAUGCGGCAGCACGACAAGCUGGAGGCGGUGCUGCGGCACUUCCUGGUGGAGGACCGCGGCGUGGACGGCAGCGCGUCAUACGUGGACUUCCUGUGCCACGUGCACAAGGAGAUCCGAGACCUGCUUUAGCCUCAAACGUGUCGCCGCUCCAGAACAUCACUGAAACGUUAUUUUUAAACGUUGCUAUGUUUCAAAACCUAUAUUAUAUCUUUAGAUCACUUAUACGCCUAUAUAGACUAUGAAAUAUGUAAAAACGGCGAAAAAAAUUGAAUUUAGAACUAAUUUUGAGCAAUUCACGCACACUAAACUAAUAUUCCUGGUCUGUUUUUAUCGGUUCUCUAACAGCAAUAGACUAUCUAGACGUAUAAAUUAUAUAAGAUAUAUCCUUAGCUUAAGUGUCAUUUUCUUCCCAUACAAAGGUUAGUCAUCAAUCUGUGAGAGGCGGAAUAACUCUUUGGUUGUUUCAAUUCAAAGUAUUAAAAUAUUAAUGAUUUCUAAUUAUUUACAUCAUCAAUAAUUAUUAUGGUCGCUGUAAGUUAAUAAAAAAAAUCUAUUCUAAUAUGUGUACAUUAUUGCACUGUAUUAUAGUGUUUGUAUGAAUACAAUAGCAGUGUACACACGCCCUUAUAUAUAUAUAUAAAUAUUAAGUAAGUCUGUUUUGGUCGUUAAAAUAGAACUUAUCUAAAUUCCUUUUUAACAAACAAAAUGGGAAUAUUGUUAAAAAAUGUCGAUUUUAAUAUUAAGUGUUGGAUCCAACUAGCUGACAAGUAGGAUCACUGCCAAAUUUAAUAAUUGUCCUUAUAAUAAAAAUAUAAAUGUAAUUAGUGUAGGUAGAUAUUUUCUGUGAAUAUGUAUUAAAGUUUCUCCGAAUCAAAUGUCGAAAUCCCUACAAACUAUCCGAUGCUAAAACUAAAUGCAUUUUUUUAUUAGUACUGGAGCGGUUUUGGUGGUGUUACUUAAGAUUUUUAAAUUAAAUUGCAGCAAUAACUAAAGUGGUUUUCAUUACCUUUUUUGUUCUUCUUAUUACAGCAUUUUACUCAACAAAAAUAUAAUUAUGAAGCAUGUAUUAUAUUAUAUCGUCGAAUUGAAUUGUCUGCUAUAUAAAUGUAUUUAUAAUAUAAAAUGUAUGUGGGUAUAUGUGGUGCGCGGUUAUGAGAUCUUAUAUAUUUUGUUUGAAACUCUUUCAUGGUCAUCAUAAGGUUAAACUUAAUUAUACAGAGCAAAUCAAUGUGAUUCAAACCCACGGGGUUGAUGAAUGGAAGACCUUUUUGUACAAUUAAAGUGGUGCUUGGUCCAAAAUCGCUAGAUGUCGCUGAAUAUAUAGAUCUAUAGAAUAUUUAUUGGGCUUUGAAUAAAAUAUAAGACGUUAGGAAACUUUCUAAUGUGGCUGAUAUUAGCAGUAAAUAUUUACAGAGUCAUUCAUCACCUGUCUUACCUUUUCACUAUCUGUCAAGUUAAAAUGACGUUUGACAGGAAGGCCUAGUUUGACAGUUAAAAUAGGUUAAACAAGCAGUUUUAAAACUAAUGUGAUACCUUCUUGUAUGGCGUGCGUGGAUAGACUUAUUACGAAAAUGAAAUGAACAUUAAUUAAGAUUUUAUUGUAUAGGGUAUAUAUGUUUUGUAUCGAUACAAUAAUUGUCUCCAGCAUGCGCUAGGCCUUUGAUCUAGUAGAUAUUAUUUUUAUAAUUAUUAUUUCUAUGUUUAAUUAGUAUGAAUAUGUAAGGAGUGUAAAUAAAAUAUAUUGGAAUUAUGUUA